GGAGGCUCCUCAGCCCCAGGGGUCAGAAGCUGCCGUCUAGACACACAUCAUGAGUGGCGGGUAUGAUCUCAACCUCUUCACCAGCCCUCCUGACAGCAACUUUCUGUGCUCCGUCUGCCACGGAGUUCUCAAGAGGCCAAUGAGGUUGCCAUGCAGCCACAUCUUCUGCAAGAAGUGCAUUCUCCGGUGGCUAGCCAGACAAAAGACCUGUCCGUGCUGCAGGAAAGAGGUGAAACGGAAAAAGAUGGUCCAAGUGAAUAAACUCCGAAAGACCAUUGGCCACCUGGAAGUUAAGUGCAAGAAUGCUGACGCUGGCUGUUUGGUGACGUGCCCCCUGGCCCAUCGCAAAGGGCACCAGAACUCAUGCCCUUUCGAGCUAAUGGCCUGCCCCAACGCGGGCUGCAUGGUGCAAAUACCACGUGGGGCCUUGGCGGAGCACCUGCAGCACUGCCAGCAUGGUACCCAGCAGCGCUGCACCCUGGGCUGUGGGGCAACCCUGGACCCAACGGAGCAUGUACCCCACAACUACCACUGUGAGCUGCGCGAAGCCUGGGGCCAGCGCCAGGAUCGCAGCCAGACCCUAGUGCUGUGCCUGCUCCAGCAUGUGCGCAAGGUGCACCACACCACCAGCCUCAUCUGCAGGCAGUUGGCCCAACUAGGAAACUUCCUGGAGAACGACGCACUGCUCCUCAGUGCACAGCAAGAGGAUGCCGAGGCCACCCCAGAAGGCAGCAUUGGGGCUGAGAUGUGGGGGGUCCAGGACCAAAGUACCUUGUAAAUUGAAGGAUAAAUAAACACGAGCCCUGAA